AGAGAGCUGGAGAGAGCAGGGAGAGGGGGGAGCGCCGAGCGAGUCAGAGAGUGAGCGAGAGCGAGAAGGAGGGAGAGGAGGAGAAAGAGAGCGAGGGCGGGCGGGAGGCGGCGGCAGCAGCAGCAGCAGUAAUAGCAGGAGCAGCAACAGAAGGCGUCGGAGCGGGCGUCGGAGCUGCCCGCUGGGGGAGAGAGGGAGGAGAGAGAAAGAGCGAGAGAGGAGAGGGAGCCCGAGGCGAAAAAGUAACUGUCAAAUGCGCGGCUCCUUUAACCGGAGCGCUCAGUCCGGCUCCGAGAGUCAUGGCGACCGCAGCGUCUAACCACUACAGCCUGCUCACCUCCAGCGCCUCCAUCGUGCACGCCGAGCCGCCCGGCGGCAUGCAGCAGGGCGCGGGGGGCUACCGCGAAGCGCAGAGCCUGGUGCAGAGCGACUACGGCGCGCUGCAGAGCAACGGGCACCCGCUCAGCCACGCUCACCAGUGGAUCACCGCGCUGUCCCACGGCGGCGGCGGCGGGGGAGGCGGUGGUGGCGGCGGGGGCGGCGGCGGGGGCGGGGGAGGCGGCGACGGCUCCCCGUGGUCCACCAGCCCCUUGGGCCAGCCGGACAUCAAGCCCUCGGUGGUGGUACAGCAGGGCGGCCGCGGCGACGAGCUGCACGGGCCAGGCGCCCUGCAGCAGCAGCACCAGCAGCAGCAGCAGCAACAGCAACAGCAGCAGCAGCAACAGCAGCAGCAGCAGCAGCAGCAGCGGCCGCCGCAUCUGGUGCACCACGCCGCCAACCACCACCCGGGGCCCGGGGCAUGGCGGAGCGCCGCGGCUGCAGCGCACCUCCCACCCUCCAUGGGAGCGUCGAACGGCGGCUUGCUCUACUCGCAGCCCAGCUUCACCGUGAACGGCAUGCUGGGCGCCGGCGGGCAGCCGGCCGGGCUGCACCACCACGGCCUACGGGACGCGCACGACGAGCCGCACCAUGCCGACCACCACCCGCAUCCGCACUCGCACCCGCACCAGCAGCCGCCGCCGCCGCCGCCCCCGCAGGGCCCGCCUGGCCACCCAGGUGCGCACCACGACCCACACUCGGACGAGGACACGCCGACCUCAGACGACCUGGAGCAGUUCGCCAAGCAGUUCAAGCAGCGGCGGAUCAAACUGGGAUUUACCCAAGCAGACGUGGGGCUGGCGCUGGGCACCCUGUACGGCAACGUGUUCUCGCAGACCACCAUCUGCAGGUUUGAGGCCCUGCAGCUGAGCUUCAAGAACAUGUGCAAGCUGAAGCCUUUGUUGAACAAGUGGUUGGAGGAGGCGGACUCGUCCUCGGGCAGCCCCACGAGCAUAGACAAGAUCGCAGCGCAGGGGCGCAAGCGGAAAAAGCGGACCUCCAUCGAGGUGAGCGUCAAGGGGGCUCUGGAGAGCCAUUUCCUCAAAUGCCCCAAGCCCUCGGCCCAGGAGAUCACCUCCCUCGCGGACAGCUUACAGCUGGAGAAGGAGGUGGUGAGAGUUUGGUUUUGUAACAGGAGACAGAAAGAGAAAAGGAUGACCCCUCCCGGAGGGACUCUGCCGGGCGCCGAGGAUGUGUACGGGGGGAGUAGGGACACGCCACCACACCACGGGGUGCAGACGCCCGUCCAGUGAACUCGAGAGGGGGGAGGGGCAGAGCGCGGGGCUCCCCCUCCCCUUCGGUCCAUGGCCCUUUCCCGGCCCCCUUGUUCCCUCUCUAACUUCUGAUUGUUCUUUUAUUUUUAAUUAUUAUUUCCCCGUCCCUUAAAAUGAAAAAAAAAAUAAGGAAAAAGGAAAGCAACUAAGACACUGGACUAUCCUUUAAAUGGUAGCAGGUGUAAUGAUGUGUUUUGACAUUUGCAGGCGAAUACCCAGGCAAUGGAGUGGAGUGUCUCCUAGAGAGAGUGAGAGAGAGUGUGUGAUAGACAGAAAGAAAGCGAGAGCGAGAGCGGAGCGAGAGAGAUGGCAAGCACUGAGAUAAAUACCUGGCAAAACUAAAUAAAUUACCAAAAAGAAAAAUAAUCCACCAAACCGUGAUAAACACAAAACGCAGCUUCCUGAUGCUUGGAGUUGGCACAUGCUGCUGUGUUUAUUGGAUGUGGAUACCCAUCAGGAAAGAGGAAAAAAUACACACGUUAUUUCAUAUAGGCAAAAUUUAACCACAUAAAUUUGCACUGCAAGAAAAUUGAAGUUUACAUGAACAAAUUUAUGAACAUAUUUUCUCUUUCUUCCCACCAUUAAUUUUGGAAUUGCCGUUUUUGGUUUUGUUUUGCUUUAUUCAGUGAAGAGAGUUGAAGCCAGCUCUUGGCGGCUCUCCAUUUCCAAUGUUCUUGUGCUCCUUGUUCUGUUUGUGAACUUUGGUUACCUUCAGAUCCCCCUUAAAUUGGUGUAACACUUAUUUGUUCCUCUUACCAAAGCAAAACCAUUGGCUUCAUACAAAAUAAAUAAUUCUCUGCAUUCAGGAAAUGUGCAUGGUCUACCCGCUUUAUCCAAGGCAAGAAUCCAGUUUGAAAUAUAAAAAUAAGAGUCAAACACUGGUUUUUGUUACAAACCACAAAGUAAACUUCAUUUUCAGGCAGUGUUUCUGGGGAAGGUUAAGGAGGGGAGAAAAAGAAAAAUCGAUAAUGAGUGACUGAUUGCUUCAUUUUUUCAGGCGGGUCCAUUGUGAAAGAGCUCAGAGGAAAUGUGGAGGUUAAAUAUAUUUCCAGAGUUGUCCAACAGAAAGAAAGUGGCACUUUGAAGAGAACUAGGGAAAUAUACAUUCUCAGACAUCCCUAUAUAGUUCUCUGCUUUCAGUUUUAGUAACUUAAUUAUGAAGAAUUAUUUGUCCUGACAGUGGUUAAACUUUAUUCCUCUAACAGCUUUUUAUUAAACAUUAAAAAAAAAAAACCCAGGAACUUAAUGGUGUGUGCAUAGACUUGUGUUUCUUAGCACAGAAAUAUCCACAUGCAUACAUAGACUAUCUCCACUCAGUAGACAGGUUUUGUCUUCACUAGCUCAUUUGUUUAUCAAGUCAUACUUAAGGCCCCCCACCCUCCUUUCCCAUAAUAUAUUACAGAAAAUACCAGUUUAACUUGGACAGCUUAUUUCCCCCUCUUUCACUGCAGAAGGCAAAAGAAGUGAAAAAAGAAUGCCAUUUUCAAUCCUUCCUUUCUCCCCUUUGUUAAUAGUUUUAAGUGCAUUUUUGACCUUCUCUUGAUGGAAAAUAGUUAACUCCAAACACAAAAGACUCUACUGGGAAGUGUAGGUGAAAAAACUUGUAACUGUAUUAAAAAUAAAUACCAUUAAACUGUGAUCAGUUAAAAAAUUUUUAAAAAUCAGCACAAAAGGGCGCUAAAAGGGAAAACAUUUUUUAUUAAUCAUCAAAGUUUGGGGCUUUUUUUCUGGUUAGGUAUUAGAUAAAUUUUUUGUUUUAAAAUAUUAAAUUCUCACUACCAUAAAAUUAUGGUUCAGCAUCAGAUUAGCAUUGCACUCAGUAGUUUUUAAGGUUUUAGGAAAUAUGCUUUAUAUUGUCUUUUCAAACACCUGUGAUUGUUUCAUUUUCAAUGUUUUUGAAAGAUAAAUGGUGACUUAUAAUGGGCAUAUUUAUUUGCCUGUAUUUCAUUUCCCCCAAUGAAUGUCACAAGGAGAUGGGCACGGAGCUGCUUCGGGGUGCAUCAUACUGCCUGUUCCUGAGGUGUGGGGACUGGCCUUUAGUGAAGCAAUCCUGAGCAGGGCAAAUAGCCAAUGGUAAAGGGAGGAAAUGAAUUUUCAGAUACUUAUUACCAAGUAGGUAAGGUCAGAAGCUGGAGUUCAGGGGAUGUGUCUAUAGCUCCUCUGACUCUUAUAGGUUUACUAAGAUGAAAGUUACCACUGAACCUUACCACUAUGUAUAUAUGUUUAAUAUCUGUCUUUUGAAAUGCAGAAAUAGUUUAAAUGUUUCUUUGUCUAUUUUUCUUUUUUUUAAUGCUACCCAGGGAAAUAUUUUCAUAUCAUUUUUAAGUGGCCUGCCUCAAUGUAUAUUUAUUUCUUUUGAAGCAAAAAGGUUCUGGAAACUGUUUUUCUGUAGCUUUAAAUGAGUAGGUGAGCAAAAUCUAUAUGGGAUGUAAUUUUUUUGUUCAGUCUCUUUAAAAAUACUUUGUUUUGGUACAUUUGGUUGUGCUUGUGGGGAAAAUAAAAACGCAGAGAUCCUUAUAUAUUUAUGUUAAAGUAAUAUUUUAUUAUCUACAUAAAACAGAAAUGCACAAUA